CGCUCCAGUUCGUCAGUCUUGUCGUUCAGCGCUGCGGAACCAUGUCCAUCUUUGGGAGCUCGGACCGCUUCGUACCCGACGCAGCGCGGUCGCCGGGGCCGAUUUACCUCAGCGUCGCCGACAACCUCGAGCGGUCGCCAAAAAAGAAAGGCGGUGUCUUGUUCCGGCCUGAUUAUGCGGCCGCGACUGCCGCCCUCGAGGAGCCCGUGGGCCACCGCGACAGCUGGAUCAAAGGGCAAUUUUCACCGAGCAUUUCGGUGCACGACCACGGCGUGCACGUGGCCCCGAAUCUGUACGAAGCCAACUACGAAGUCGUGAAAGCUCGGUUCCCGGCCGUGAGUUUUCCCAAGUCGGAGCGCUUCUUGUCGCAAAAAGUGUGCAUGACGGACAAGCAGCACCAGCGAGAGCUCAUCACGUCCGACAGCCCUGGCCCGAAAUACAAUGUCGAGGCGCCGCCGUUCCGAUCCAAUGCGCCCAAGUACUCGUUUUCGAAAGGCCAAGUGAACCCGGUCCGGGUCGGGAGUCCCGUGAAAAGUCACCGCGAGUCGUGGCUCUCGGUCAUCCACCGGAAAGGUCUCUUUGUCUUGCCCCCCGCGGUGCAGCCGCCCGAGAUGGACCCCCCGGUCCACGAGACGAGUCUCCACGACGAACGCAACCAACACCACGAGUCGCGACCGUUGUCGUCCAACUUUGGGACCGCACCCCGCUUUGGGUUGCGGGAAAACCCCCGGAAAGACCAAGCGACGUCGGGCAUGAGCCGCGUCCAGUUCAUUUCAGCGCGCCACGUGCGGGAGAACAUGGGCGAGUUCUCACCGGGGCCGAUCUACACGCCGCACAAACCAGCGCCGUCCGGGGGGCGACUCGCGCCAGCCCCCCGCGCGACGAGUCCCCCCAAGCACGACGAGGUGCGCGGCCCCGACACCAAUUUAAGCAGCCGCAGCUGCUGGCUCUCGGGCAACAUUCGCAAAAACUCGGGCCGCGAAAUCAUGCUCAUGCGCACCGGGGACGUGGCCCCCGGACCGGGGGCCUACUACCACCCGACAUCGUCGUUUGGCACGGCGAGUUUUUCUCACAACGUCAAGGUCAAGCGAAAGGACCUCAUCACACCGCGACGAGCGUCCACGAGCCCGCGAAAGACGCGGCCGAGUCCCCGGGUGGCCAUGGCCCAGCGACACCAAGUUGGCGCCGACUCGAUGAGCCCCCGACCGCCGAGCCCCCGCAGCGACGAAGCCACCCUUGCCACGUGAUCGACUUUGCUUUUCUAAUCGAGCACUCGCCAAUAAUCAAGGUAUUCCACCUGACAAUUUGUCCAAACCCCACUGCCC